GUGAACAUACCCAAAUCCAGAAAGGCUUAUUGCCAGAGUCCAAGAUGCCAUAAGCAUACCCUUCAUAAAGUCACUCAGUAUAAAGCUGGUAAAGCGUCACUUCAUGCACAAGGCAAACGUCGUUACGACAGAAAACAGAAAGGUUAUGGUGGACAAACUAAACCUAUUUUUCACAAAAAGGCCAAGACAACCAAAAAAGUUGUAUUAAGGUUAGAAUGUUUGAGAUGUAAUUUAAGAAAACAAGUGGUCAUUAAACGAUGUAAACAUUUUGAAUUGGGUGGAGACAAGAGAAAGAAGGGUCAAAUGAUCAUGUUUUAAAUGCAAAUAAAUUAUGGCAAAAAAUGUUUGUCUUUUUCAUUCUAUAAUCCAAAAAGAUCAUGCAUUCUUGUUAUACUUUAUAACAACUGUGUAUACCUAUAAAUGUAGUCACUUUAAAGUCCUAUUUCUCAAAAAAUGUUGAAAGAAUAUUUGUUUCUGAGAUAAGUAAAUUUUUCUUGAAAUAUUUUUAUAGAAAUAAUUGCCAAAACAAUUAUUUGUUUAGCAGGAAAUAAGAAAGGUUGUCCACUUUAUUUUUCGGUGAAAAUAGAAAUUCAUUACUACUACUU